AGACUCUGACACUCGUGAGUUGAGAAGAAAAAAAGUCCAACCACCCACUCAUGCACAGUUCAACAUUUAGGUCCUUCAGAACUGCAGACAGGAUGAGAAGAAGAUGAUGGUGGAAAUGUUAUUGAAGCAGACGACGCUGGUGUUACUCAGUGUGUGUGUAGCUGCCAAGACACAAUGCACAGCUAUUUUAAACGAAACACGGACAAGAGUGGUCGUGCCGGCGGGUUCCACUCUGACUUUGUGCUACCAACUGAGGAGCUGGACACCAAAGAGAUUCGAGAUAUACUGGCAUUUUAAUCCAUCUGGACCCUCGUUUGACAACUCUGAGAUAAUCAAUAUAAAUCAUUUGUCAAAAGAAACAGAGGACACAUUUCAGAUGCACACUGUAGUCAAUGUUUCAAAAAAUAACAGCGGAUGGUACUUUUGCAGAAUCAAUGCAGACAUUCCCAAACUAAUGACUGAGGACUGUCAUGGAACAGAAGUGAGUAUUUCUGCUCCUUCCAAAGCUGUGUUAAUUCCGGACACCUGGUGGCUCUGGGUCACAUUGGGAGUUUUAGGACUCAUUGUACUGGUUCUGCUGAUCCUAUGUGUGCUUCUGACCAGGCAGCGUAAUCGCAGAGAAAGGAGCCAUCCAAUCUACAUAAACACACAACCUCCCCCAUGCCCACCCUCAACUGCCCAGCUCAGGGUGCCUCAAAACUCCCAGAAGCUGCGCACCCCGAGUCCUGUUAGGGACAACAACAACAGGCCCAAACAGCAACAAAGAGGCCACAAAUGAUCAAAUUUGAGCUUUAAGUUGGCUAUGUGACCAGUCCAGAGUGUACCCCGCCUCUCACCCAAAGACAGCGGGGAUCGGCUCCAGCAGACCUGUGACCCUAGUGAGGAUAAGCAGCAUAGAAAAUUGAUGGAUGGAUGGAUGGAUGGCUAUGUGCUGGUGAAAAAAACAAUAUGUAAUUUAUAUGCAGAGUAAAGGUUCAUUUGUGUCAACGUGUAUAUAAAUAAACUUCAUUUACUUCAUUAUAAAGGUUGCUUUGCCACAUCACCAAGGCUGUGACAUAUGAACAAUCAUCAUACAUUUUAAAGUACAAUGAUACAUUUAAAGGUACAAGGUACAAAUAACCGAUACACAUCGUUGAAGGUAAUCAAAUAAAAUUAUAUCCCCCUAAGAACCAGCAAUGCAUUUUGUCCGACACCACAAGAAUAAAAGCUGCUGUGCUGUGGAGAUGACAUCCCAGGCUUCCCAGUGAUAUGUGACUUGUUGGUGUUUGCCCAAUCAAUUAGAUCUGUCUUCCAAAAUGGCUGCCGUAUGACCACAAGAGAAGUAAUAUAUUGCAUUUACCCAGCUAUUGCGUUCAUAAAGGUUGAAAAAAAAAUGAGUGCAGUUUGGGAUGGUUUUGGUAACAUAUACUAAUCUUAAGACACUGACAAGUUUAACAUACAUUCAAUAAUACAUUAGUAGUUGAACUUGCCAAUCGCUAACAUGGUGGAGCAUGACUGCAACUAAUUAGCUAGUGAUGUGUUGGUCAUGAAUAAAACACAGGAGUCGUUCAAUCUGGGUUUUUUUGCCAUUAAAGUUGCACGUGAUUGGUCAAAAUUUGUGGUUCCGUAGGUGUGGACA